GUCGAAAAUGGACUCGGAUUUGUCACCCUGCUACAUCAUGCCCCUUGGAUUGUUACUCGACCUUGAAACACUCGCAGCAGGCUACUGGAGUAAGGUAUCUCUUCGAACGUCCCUUUUAGGUAAUUCGAGUCUUGGGCGCUCUUUUCUCCUCCAUCUUUCUUUCACGGCGGCCGAAGACGAGUUGAAUAAUGCCCAAGGAACCGGAGAAAAAGCCUCGACGGAAACCAGGUCGUGUUCCGUGCGAGAAAUGCGUUAGUCGGGGCUGUGGUUCAAUAUGUCCGGACGGGUCUUUGACCAGCGGCAAAGGAAACCGAAUGCUACUCAAGAUAUUACAGUCGACCGUGUCCUCAGAACCUCACCCCCUCCUACGCACCGACUUGCUACAACUAAAGUCUCCGCAGUCUACACUGCCUACACAAAAUGGGUCGGCCGGCCCGUCGACUACGAAUGGACCCACUCCUACUUCCGCCAAUCCUCAAUCCAUUCCUUGGGAUUCCCUACAGAGCCUCAGCAAGUCAGAGGCGACGAUGAAAAUUUCAUCGAUGCGUUUGGUAAGCACGUUGACUAUUGGGGGUCAUGGUGAAUCCAGUUUUCUAGGGAAGACAGCUCGUUCCGAGGCACUCUCAAAGCCCCAAUCCACGUCAACACUCGUACUUCCUCGCGUAUCAAAACGAAUUAUAGAAUCCAAUUGUGCCGACCCUUUAGACGAAAGCCUCGGGCAUGAAAUUUUCAGUCUCCUACCCCCGCUUUCUGAGGCAGUGCGUUUAUGCGAAGUCUACCUUGAGCAUGGAAAAUACCUAUAUUCUACUGUGGACCGUACAGAGCUGUUUGAUGAAGUUCUGUCAUGCAUAUAUAGAGCCGAGUGCGUCUCUUGUCAUCAUACACUCUACUUUCUAUUUUCCGUAUUCGCCUUAGCCGUGUUGUUCGACCAAGAACGGCCCGCAUACUCUGUAGAAGCUCAGGAAUAUUACUAUUUAGCCCGGGCGGCCAUAGGACUAUCCUCUAUUAACAACCACCAAACUCUCCGAGCUAUUCAGGGCAUGAUUCACCUGACCGAAUACGAGACUUACAGCGACUGGGAAGCCUUGGGGACAAAUUCUGAGUGGAUAACUAUGGGAUGCGCUGUGCAAUUGGGUCAAAGUCUAACGUUAAGGUUGCAGAUCUUAACAGCUCCCGCUGGCAGCUUGGGGAAACUACCAGUCAGCGUCGAAGUCCGCAUUUUCUGGCAACUGUUUGCAUGCGAUACAUGGACGAGUUUUUUAUUUGGUCGACCUCCGUCGAUGUCGGCCCAGUAUAUCGAUUGUGCACUCCCAAAAGAUACCGAGGAGAUUAUCAAUGCGGACGGGGAACGGGAGACGGGAUUUCAUUCGUGGAUGUGGCAAUACGCAACCCUCAUGCACUCUGUGAUGGGGGCCGCGUUUGGAGUCAAAGUCCCCGCAUACGCCGUCAUCCUGGACUUGGACCGGAAAAUCCGAGACUUCCCUGUCCCGUUGCGAUUCAGGCCAUGUACGAAUUAUGGGAGCAAGGUCUUGAGGCCGGAACAUUAUAUGCAGCGGUGGAUGGUCUUGAUGUCGAAAGAAUCAGUACUGCUGAAUCUUCAUCGAACCAGCCGGACUGAUCUAGCGCGUCAUCGAUAUCUUCCCUCUGUGAUGGCGACGUAUCGGUCGGCCUGGAGGAUCAUGCAGUCUCUAAAAAUGUUGAGGACCUACGCGCCUCUUUUAUCAAACAGAGUUAAUCUGGCAUGGUCUCAUGCGUUAUCUGCCGCCAUUGUGAUGUGUAUCCUUGUAACACGAGCGCCCAACUCCACGAUGACAAAACCGUCCCUCCAGGAACUUGACCUCGUUGCUCAACUCUUUGAGGAAGCCGCUCCGAACUGUCGCGCGGCGGCCAACACACUGGUGCGACUCUACUUUUUAGAAAUGCGCUUCCUGCUCAGUUGUUGUAGGACACGAUCCAAAUGCUGCGGAAACAAAGCUCACGAGGCAGCGAUCUAUCCUCCAGACGAGCUAGAUCGCCUGGGAGGUAAGACGCACCUGAUCUCUUCGAUUCGAUUCCGAUACGCCCACCGUUGCAUAUACCCCAUCGCCUCGGCAACCCUCCCCGCCAUCGUCCCUGAGGUGUUGUCAACGGAGGUGCCAUUUUCAGGAGGGGAUGGGUUUGGGUUUUUCGCGCAACAGUCACCUUCUCUGGGCGAGUUUGGUGGUGUGCCUCCUACACAGCCGCCGCAACCGGCACCAUAUCAUUCUGCGUUCGGGUUCGCAGCUGCUGCUGCUCCCAUGCUGGAUGCGACAUGGCAGAGCUUUUGUUGAGCAGCUGGGCUUUUAAUUCGGCUGAUUACUUUUACUGUACUGGUUCAGGACUUGCGGAACGUUAUCAUGACCACGAAUAUUAGUACUCUUAUAUAUCUCCAGAAUAUUUUAUU